AUGGCUGAAUCAUCCAAUUCCAGAAGCAGAACCGUUGUUUUGCUCGGAAAAAUGGGUAACGGAAAAAGCGCCACUGCCAACACCCUCCUUGGCCGAGAGGCCUUCGAAUCCUUGCACAGCUUAGGCAGCGUCACCGCCGCCUGCAAGCUCGACACAUCCGUCUUCGACGACGGAAGGAUUCUCAACGUCAUCGACACUCCUGGGUUGUUCGAUUCAUACGUCGAAUCGAAUGCUAUGGCGAAGGAGAUCGCGCAGUGGAUUAAUCUGGCCAAGGAUGGAAUCCACGCCGUUCUCUUCGUCCUGUCGCUGAGAAACCGCUUCUCUGAAGAGGAGGCUUCGGCUUUCGAGGUCCUCUGCCAUAUAUUUGGCGCGAAAAUCGCUGAUUACAUGAUUGUGGUCUUCUCCCACGGCGAUGCUCUCGGGAAGAAUGCUACUCUUGAUGACUAUUUGGCCAAAAAUUGCCCUCACCAAUUGACGGAUACUCUGAAAAAGUGUGGGAAUAGAACUGUUGUGGUUAAUAAUUGGGUAGAAGAUGAAGAAAGGCUUAGUAAACAGAGGGAGGAGCUUCUCUCUCUUGUUGAGACUGUGGUGGAGAAGGAUGAGAUUGAUGAAGGUGCCGAAGGGAAAUCAACUCAAGUGUCUCCUGGUGGAGAGCAGUAUGACCGUUCGGUGGAAAUGAUUGAGACCCGACUGAAGGUGAGUGUCUCGAACUUGGAAAAGAUGUUGGCCAAGGAAAGAGCUGCUCGGGCGAAGGCGGAACAGAAGGCACGGAAAGAACAGGCAAAGUCAGAGCAUGAAAUGCACAUGAUGCGAGAGCGUUUGAGCCGGGCUGAUCAUCGGAGCUGGGAGCUUCAAGAGGAGCUUCAUCGUAAGCCUAAUUGUAUCGUCAUGUGA